AAAUCUUUUAAAUAUACCAAAUACUCCUCGUAUGACAGAGCUCUUUUGCGAAACUUGAAGAACGCAAGUCCUGUGUCGGUUGUCGUUAAUGUUACCAUGUCGAGUAUCCGUGCAGAAAUCAACCAUUUGUCACUUUGCGUUAAAGGUAGAAGUUGUAAUUUGUUUUCAUAGGAAAUUGGAUCCAUCUCACAGUACGCUGUGUAAUCAGAAAAAUCGAUUAGCAUUAUUAUAGCGUUCAUUAUUUGUUUAGCUUAACGUUAUUAGUUACCACGGAAAAUAUCUUCCAAAGGAAUAACUUCAGGCAUCAGUUUCUUCUGGAACGCUUCUAACGACUCCAUCCUAAAAUUCGUGUGAACGUCCAAUGAAAUAGAUUUAAAAAAUCAUCAUGAAGUUUAAUGAGCCUGAAUGCUUGGAUAAAAAUGGUUUCUGCAAAAGAAAUUGCGACAACGCAAGCUUAAUUAACACCGUUGAACAAUUGAAACCGCCGUACUUCUCAGAAUUAGCCAAUGAAGAGUUCUUCAAGUGCUUCUGCAAAGAAACUUGCACUGCUAGAAGAAGACUGGACAUGCGUGGACCUACCAUACAUGAAAAAAUCAAGCGACUUUUCGAAGAUACGGAUGUUCCAGCUCUGAUCAUUUUCUUGCGGAAGUAUCAGGAUAUCGUUUAUAUUAAUUUAGGCAGCAACAACAUUACUGACAGUGGCUUUAAAAAUUUAAUUGAUCAUGCACUUACAUACAAGCAGAUAGAGGAGUUAGAUCUUCAGAACAAUAACAUCACAGAACUGGGAACAAGAUAUUUACUGGAAGUAGGACACGACCUAAAGAUUAAGAGUCUGAAUCUAAAAACGAAUAAAUUAGGCGCCAGUGCAUCGAUACAUGUAGCUAAUUUUUUAUUAAAAAACAUGCAUCUCAUCUGGUUGAAUGUAGCAGAAAUAGAUCAGACUGCUUCCAGUUUAAUAUACUUUAUAGCGGUGCUGAGUCAGGAUCAGGACAUUUGUAAUGUGACUCUGAAACACUUAGACAUAAGUCGGCCGAAUCCGGGAUGCAUGCACUAUUUUGAUUCGGUUCAUUUUGCCAGUGUCAUUGGCCACAUGCUCAAGCGCAAUACUACUCUGUCAGCGUUGCAUCUGCAAAAGUACAAUUUUAGUUGCCACGAUAUUGAAACCAUGAUGUCCAAUGCGAUUCACAAUAAUACUUUGCUUUUGUUAAAUCUCGGCUGUAACAAUAUAGGAGAUCAUGGUGUGGACCACCUGGCCAAGUGGCUUACAAAAAGACCCCAAUUGAGAAUCCUUGUACUAUGUAGCAACAUUAUAACUGAUCACGGUGCAAGAAGUCUUAGUUUCACUCUUCCAUUCUCAAGGCUCCUAUCCUUGGAUAUCUCCUAUAACAAGAUCACAGAUGUUGGUAUGGUAGAGCUUUUGUACACUUUAAAGAAAAGUCCCCUUUUGCGACAAUUGAGGAUAUUUGGCAACGCCAUUGGUCAUCCAGUUGGCAAGAUCAUUGAACGAAUGCUGAUCUCGAAGGUGUUGAACCAAGAGAACAUAGACAUCAGACCAUACAGAGUUGAUCACAGAUGGUACAUUGCGAGAUUCGAAGGCGACCGCUGCAAAAAGAAAUACCAGGAUGUUCCUUAUGAACUUUUCUCGCGAGAAUCGCUUCCUCCUAUCAAAAAAACUCGUCUAAAGCGAACCUAUUACAAAUACAUUUACAAUAGGAUAGACGACAUUAAUGUGCAACACUCAGUCGUCAGAAUUAUGUCAAGCGUAUUAAUAACGGAUCAUCGAAAAGACUGUAGAUGUUGUUAUUGUUUCAAAUGCAAAGCACCACAUUAUGACGAUGGAUGUAGAGAUUUAGAGCAUCCAGAUACUUGCACUUGUUGCAAGUGCAAGGGAGAUGAUGAAAGCAGCGAUUGGUCUGUGGAUAAAGAAAUUUUGAACAGGGUCAAGACUCCUCCAGAUCCUGUGGAGAAAGUUGCAUAUAUUUUAAAGCGUGUAGGUUCUGAAACUGCUAAGAACAUCGCACGGUGGAUAAACAUUGACGAGGAUGUUUUGGAGGAAGAUUUGAAAGCAAUUGCCAGUGGUAGCGACACUGACAAAGAUUCGUGCAAUUGCUCAUGGGCUCAAUUGAGUAUAUCAAGCUUACAAAAGUACUUAGAGGAGACUUCUUCUAAAAAUCUCCUGAUCAUACCUAAAAGUAAUACUACUAUGUUAAAAGAUGUAUACAAGGGAUCCGACAAUGAGUCCUGUGUAGCAGAAAGUAGUGCAAGUAGUUCAUAAAAAUACGUGAAUUUGUAUAAAAGGUAAAUAGAGAACAAGCGUUAUGACAUCAUCUAUUUAUUGAUAACCUGACACAGUUUGAUUCUCUUCUUUGUCAAAUACAAAAAUAAAAAAAGAACAAUCGCUCGCAUUUUA